AUCUCGCGCACACCGAACGACGGCCAUAUUUAUUAUUAUUUUUUUUUUUAAGUGCUCAUUGAUUUGCUGUAAAACAGAAAGGAAACAUGUCCUCGAUAACAAGUUUGUAACAAGCGGACAGUUUGGUGUCGGAUUCUGGCCACGAGUGCGAAUGAUGUACAUCCAAACGGAGAGUCGCUGUUGACAUCAGAGCCCUGGGGUUGAUGUGCGUUUAACAGACGCCCGAAUGGAAAUGGUGCCCAGCGAGGAAAACCAGCUCGUACCAAAAGAGAACGAGAACGCUGCCGAGGAACCCCGAGUGUUGUGUAUUGUUCGGGACACCACCAACCCCAAUACAGUCAACGAGAGACUGACUCUCAACCUCCCAGCUUCCACCACCCUCUCCAAGCUCUUCGAAGACGUCGCUCACAAAGCCGGCUACGUGAAUGGCACCUUUGAGCUGGCAUGGGCCAACGUGGUGGCUUUGGCUCCGCUGGACCAGGCCAGUGAGAUGUCUCUGGUGGAGUCUGGGUUUGAGCUAGGAAAGAGGAACUUCCUGCAGCUCACAGACAAGGAUGGCGAGCAGCCUCAGAUAGCUUCUGAUGAGUCCGGCACAGCAGACAGCAGCGGGCUGGAGGACAGUUCUCAGGACCGCUUCAUUGGACCCCUGUCCCGUGAUGGUACAGUAGGAUGUAGCAGUGACUACAGCAGCCCAAGUUACUCCUACUCCUCCAUACUCAACAAGUCUGAAACAGGAUAUGUGGGUUUGGUCAAUCAGGCCAUGACUUGCUAUCUGAACAGUUUACUCCAGACCCUGUUCAUGACGCCAGAGUUUAGAAAUGCUCUCUACAAUUGGGAGUUUGAGGAGUCUGAGGAAGAUCCGGUCAUCAGUAUCCCCUUCCAGCUGCAAAGGCUGUUUGUGCUGCUGCAGACCAGCAAGAAACGAGCCAUAGAGACCACGGACGUGACUCGGAGCUUCGGCUGGGACAGCAGUGAAGCCUGGCAACAGCACGACGUCCAGGAACUUUGCCGGGUCAUGUUCGACGCCUUAGAACAGAAGUGGAAACAAACGGAGCAGGCUGAUCUCAUAAAUCAGCUGUACCAGGGCAAACUGAAGGACUAUGUGCGCUGUCUGGAGUGUGGCAAUGAAAGCUGGAGAAUCGACACCUACUUGGACAUCCCUUUGGUCAUCAGGCCUUUCGGAGCCAGUCAGGCUUUUGGCAGUGUGGAAGAAGCACUGCAGGCCUUCAUCCAGCCUGAGACUUUGGAUGGUCCCAACCAGUACUUCUGCGAGCGCUGCAAGAAGAAAUGCGAUGCACGCAAGGGUUUGCGGUUCCUGCACUUUCCCUACCUGCUGACGUUGCAGCUGAAACGUUUUGACUUCGACUACACCACUAUGCACAGAAUCAAGCUCAACGACCGCAUGACCUUCCCUGAGGAACUUGACAUGAGCCCCUUUAUUGACCUCGAGGACGAGAAAUCUCCUCAGACAGAGAGCUGCACUGACAGCGGGGCAGAGAACGAAGGCAGUUGCCACAGUGACCAGAUGAGCAACGACUUCUCCACGGAUGACGGUGUGGACGAGGGCAUCUGCCUGGACAGUACAAGCACCACUGAGCGGGCACUUAAGCCAAAGAGUUCAUUGACCUACGAACUUUUCUCUGUAAUGGUGCAUUCUGGGAGUGCUGCUGGUGGACACUACUAUGCCUGCAUCAAGUCUUUCAGCGAUGGUCAGUGGUACAGCUUCAAUGACCAGCACGUCAGCAAGAUCACGCAGGAUGACAUCAGGAAGACAUAUGGUGGUUCCUCAGGGAGCAGAGGCUAUUACUCCAGUGCCUUUGCCAGCUCCACAAACGCCUACAUGCUCAUAUAUAGACUGAAAGAUCCCUCAAGGAAUGCAAAGUACCUCGACGUCGAAGACUUCCCAGAGCACAUAAAACGUCUCGUUCAGAGGGAACGAGAGUCCGAGGAACAGGAGAAGAGACAAAGGGAAAUCGAACGCAAUACUUGCAAGAUCAAGCUCUUCUGCAUGCAUCCUGUCAAGAUGGUCAUGAUGGAGAACAAGCUGGAGGUUCACAAGGACAAAACACUCCGAGAGGCCACAGAAAUAGCAUAUAAGCUGAUGGAGCUCGAGGGCGUAGUUCCAUUUGACUGCUGUCGCUUGGUGAAGUAUGACGAAUUUCAUGAAUAUCUGGAGCGCUCAUACGAGGGUGAGGAGGACAUGCCCAUGGGGCUGCUACUGGGUGGGGUUAAAUCCUCCUACAUGUUCGAUUUGCUACUCGAGACCCGGCGACCCGACCAUGUGUUCCAGCCUUAUAAACCUGGAGAGGUGAUGGUGAAGGUCCAUGUGGUGGAUCUGAAGAGUGAGACCAUCACUGCUCCUGUCAGCGUCAGGGCAUACCUGAACCAAACCAUUACAGAGUUUAAGCAACUCAUUGCACAAGCCACUGGUCUGUACGCAGAAACCAUGCGCGUUGUCCUGGAGCGCUGCUAUAAUGACCUCCGGCUACUGUAUGUUCCCAACAAGACACUGAAAGCUGAGGGUUUCUUCAGGAGUAACAAGGUUUUUGUGGAGAGCUCAGACUCAGAGGACCACCAGGCCGCCUUCACCGAAUCACUCCUGUGGAAACUUCUGGACCGUCAUGGCAACACAAUCAGACUGUUUGUUUCACUCCCUGAGCAGUCACCAGGCUCCGUGGCCCACAGAACUAGUUGCCCCAAAAUGAGUGUUGACUCGGAGGACUCGUUUGGGGGGGCUAAAAGCAGCGGCCAGUGCGUAGAGGCCAUACUGGAGGAGAGCACAGAGAAGUUAAAGAACCUUUCCUUUCAACAGCAGCAGCAGAAGCAAUCCUCCAGCACCAGCGAGAGCCAGAAGAGCUCGGACCACAGUGAUUUUGAGCACCUAGAUUUCCCACAGCCUGAAAACCAGCUGGCUUCUGAGGAACGCUCCGACUCGGAUGCCAACAACGAUCGCAGCACCAGCUCCGUGGACUCCGACAUCCUGAGUUCAAGUCACAGCAGUGACACUCUGUGCAAUGCCGAUGGCGCACCUCUGCCUCUGGCUAACGGCCUCGACUCGCACAGCAUCACCAGCAGCCGCCGAUCCAAAGCCCACGAGGGCAAGAAGGAGACGUGGGACACAGCCGAGGAAGACUCGGGCACUGAUAGCGAAUACGACGAGAAUGGCAAGAGUAAAACUCAGACACAUCACCUGUACUUCAGAGCGGAAUCGUAUUCUCAGGAGGAUGCUGCCGGACAUGGAGCGAACAGUUUACUUGUUCAUGUUGAUAAAAGGAUCACACUGGCAGCAUUCAAGCAGAACCUUGAGCCAUUUGUUGGAGUAGCCUCUACCCAGUUCAAGGUCUUCCGAGUCUACGCCAACAACCAAGAGUUUGAGAGCGUACGACUCAACGAGACCCUUUCUUCUUUCUCGGAUGACAACAAGAUCACCAUUCGGUUAGGACGAGCCCUAAAGAAAGGGGAAUACAGGGUAAAGGUGUAUCAGCUGUUAGUCAAUGAAUCAGAGCCUUGUAGAUUCUUGUUGGAUACCGUGUUCGCUAAGGGCAUGACCGUGAGGCAGUCCAAAGAGGUGUUACUGCCCCAGCUCCAAGAACAGUGCAAACUGGAGCUUAGCAUAGACAGGUUUCGACUCAGGAAGAAGACAUGGAAAAACCCAGGCACGGUGUUUCUCGAGUAUCACGUGUACGAGGAGGACAUAAAUAUCUCUAGUAAUUUGGAAGUCUUCCUUGAAGUACUUGACGAACCGGAGCGGAUGAAGUCCAUGUCUCAGUUGGCCGUGCUGUCACGGCGCUGGUGUCCGGCUCAGAUGAAGCUGGAGCCCUUCCGGGAGGUGGUGCUGGAGAGCAGCAGUGUAGAUGAACUCAAGGAAAAGCUCAGUGAAAUAAGUCAGAUUCCUCUCGAGAACUUGGAGUUCGCAAAGGGACGAGGAACAUUUCCUUGUGACAUAUCUGUGUUGGAGAUCCAUCAGGAUCUGGACUGGAACCCAAAAGUUUCCACACUUAACGUCUGGCCGCUCUACAUCUGCGACGAUGGUGCAGUGGUGUUUUACAGGGACAGGACUGAGGAGCCCAUGGAACUCUCAGAAGAAGAGCGCAACGAACUGAUGAAGAAAGAGAGCAGUCGGAUGCUGAAGACGGGCCACCGGGUCAGUUAUUCUCCCCGCAAGGAAAAAGCUCUCAAGAUCUACCUAGACGGAGGGCCUUCGAAAGACCCGGGCCUAGACUGAGAGUGGCCCCCUUACACUCUGAUCACUUUUUUGUUUAAAAAUAGCUGGCCUGCCCGCUGCAGUGUAGCGUUGCCUCACCAGGGGCCCUUGAUGGCGUUGGAGCCCACGUCCAAUACAACGUCACCGGUGCCGGACAGCCAGCGCUGUCUUCUCCGAGCCCUGCGGGGGUCUUGUGUACCAGGCUCAGAACUUCUACUGUGCACUAUAGUUUCUCAUAAAAUUUAAAGGGAAGUGCAAAGCCUGUUUCAGCUGAAGGGACUUCCAAUAUCACUCAGAUAAAUCAGUCAUGACCGAAAUGGAUGCACUUGUGGAAUAGAGAAGACUGUUUGUAUCUCUUUCUCUGGCUGUAUCAAAUCUAUCACCCCCUCAAUAAUUGUUCAUUAUUCACUCAUUUCUUUAAGUAAUGCUCUCGUCCACCACCUUACAUUCACGUUUCCACGAUCCUGGUUUUGCUCGGUUGAGAUACAUGACAAGCCCCUCAUCAUCAACAUGACCGUAAUCAACCUCUGUGUAGUUUUGAGAUCCUUCACUAACUUCAGGUGUAUUCUAAUGGUUCUCAGAAUUCUGGGUCUUGUUUGAUUAAUUAAUGAAUUAAAAGCUUCUCUCCCUGAUGACGAGGCUCCGUCCUGGCCUUUUCCCAAGAGCACGUCUGGGUGUGACUGUGGCUGAUGCUCUUUGCAUCCGUGCUGACUGCUGACCCUUUGCAGAGGGAACCCCGCCUCUUGAUCUCGUACAACUCCUCCCACUUCUUCCUCUGGGGUACUCGCACUGGUACAUUUUUAUUUAGUCUAUCUUUAUGACUAGGGUAAUACAAAUCAAGUGAAGCUUUAUAUUUCCUGAUUUAACCUUUCUUCCUACAUACUCCUUGUAAAUUAUUUUCACCCCAGACUUGAUAAUGAUUAUGACGAUGAUGCUAGGUCUUGUGAGUAACUGGCACACAUUUUAAUUUUCUUGCUCUGUAACCCAAUUUUCGUUUUUGUCCUGUUUUUAUUUCUGCACAACAUGAACGGAGCCUGUGCUAAGUGUGUGCAUUCUCUGCGUGAUGCUUCUUGCUGCUGUUUUUGCAUAGCCAGAGAGCAAAAAACUCUAAAGCAGGGCUGCCAGAUGAAACUCGCUAGUUUCUUACCAGGUUUAGUAGGUGUGUUUAGAACAGGAAAACCACCAGACUGUGUUGUGGUUAGGUGGAGUUUGGUGACCCUGCUUUAGAGCCACACUGGAGGAGCAGCGCUCUGGCUCGCAGAAUCACUCGACUAAGCCGGACCACCGUGGGUCCCCUGGGCUCCUAAUUCUGCCACAAGCUGAUCACUGUAGACUUGCCAAUAUGGAAAUAAAUAAAAAAAUCACUUUCUGUA